AUGCCUCAGCAACGCUACGAGCGGGUAUCGGCACACGACGAGGACUCGUCUCUCUCCAACGAUACCCUCCAGCCCGCCAACGCCAUCCCCUCCUCACCACCCCCGUCCUUCCGCUCUCGCACUUCCUCACCUUCCGCGCGCCACCUGCUGGCCGAGCAUGAGCCGCUCGCCACCGAAGCCGAGCGCGAGCUCGAAGACACCUUUGGCGGCUCCGACGAUGAGUCCGACGACGAGAACCAAGGCAUGGACGACCGCCAGCGCCUGAUGCGGGGGCACCCGGAUUCCAACCUCCCCCAGACUACCGACUCCAGCUCGCGCCAGGUCGAUGCUAGGCCUCCGCCCAUCGUAAGGAGGGUCACGCAGCUGCCGGCCUUUGCGCCAAGGGGCGUUGUCGGCGGUGGAUCGGGAAAUGACGGCGUCUUUGCGAACUUGAGCGCGAAGCCGACCAGGGAAGAAGAGGCUGAGGAGAAGCCUCCUACCUACGAGCAAGCUGCCGCAGACGCCACUCCGCCCUACUGGGAGACGACCAUCCUUGCGCCCGGCCUCCAUACCGACGAAGUAUUUGUUGACGGCCUACCGGUCGGCACCGUCUUCUCGUUUGUGUGGAAUGCAAUCAUUUCCAUGGCAUUCCAGCUCGUCGGCUUCCUCCUCACCUACCUGCUCCACACGACGCACGCCGCGAAGAAUGGCGCGCGUGCCGGCCUUGGCAUCACGCUUGUUCAGUACGGAUUCACGAUGAAGGGUGCGAUCAGCAACGACGUGGUGGGAGGAACGCCCGAUUCGGGCUUCGGCGACGCACCCAGCGACCCCAACAACGUCGAUUUCGACCCAGACGAUGUGAGCGGAAGCGCUGGCAGCUCCGGCAGCAUCAGCACAAACGAGUGGCUGGCGUACAUAAUGAUGAUUGUGGGGUGGUUCAUUCUGAUCCGGUCGAUUUCGGACUUUUUGCGCGCGCGGCGGCACGAGCAACUGGUGUUGCAGAGCUCGAACCGCGGCCUCAACGUGGCCGUAGUGGCCGAGGGCGAGGCGCCUACGAGCUCGGUGUAA